UUCAGAUCAAUAUGAGUUCAACGAACUUUUCGCGUCAGCGAAUGCAACCGCCGCCUCCUUAUAUUGGAAGCAAAAUCAGCCUCAUUUCUAAAUUGGACAUUCGUUACGAGGGGACUUUGCACAAUGUUGACCCACUUGAAUCUACAAUCUCGUUGCGAAACGUCUACUCUUAUGGAACCGAGGACCGUUUGACACCUGUUUUCGUUCCAAAGAGGAAUGAAUUAUAUCAUUACAUCGUUUUCAAGGCGAGUGACAUCAAAGACUUAAUUGUUUGUGAGCAGCCAAAUGCGUUGAAUAUGCUUGGAAAUAUGUCUGCUGGUCUUCCAUAUGAUCCGGCAAUUGUGUCGAUUUCAAUGAAUCCGCCUCCAGAGCCGAAGAUGCCUACUAAAUUAAAUAUGAUGGGUCCUCCUAGAGUUGGUGGAAUGAGUGGCAAUGUUGGAGGGCAGCAUACUACUUCAGCCUUCGACAAGGAUUACGAUUUUGAGAAGGCGAAUGAACAAUUUCGUGAAGACUUGAAGGGUGGAGGUGUUAAUUUGGAACAAUCAGAGGAGAAAAAUGAAGCAACAGAUAAAGAGGAUGGCUGCGAAGAUGGCGGGAAGUCUGUUAAUUCACUUUUGGCUAUAACUGCAAGUGACAAAUACUCGGAAUAUUAUAAUAAGCACAAUUCAUUCUUUGACAACAUUUCCUGCGAUGCGCUUGAGAAGGAAGCUGGAAAGAAUGUCCGUCCAGAUUGGAAGAGGGAGCGCCAAACCAAUCAAGAGACUUUUGGCUAUUCUGCCGUUCGCUCAUUUUUCUUCCAACGCCGUGGUGUUCGACGUAAUUAUGGAGGACAGCGUUCAUUUGGAGGGCAGCGUUCGUUUGGAGGACGUCCGUUUGGUAAUGGAGGGAAUCCAUUUGGGAAUCAGAUGAACUUAUUUGUUUGAUGACUAUACCUAAAUAUAUUAUUUGAUAAUGAUAAA